ACACGCCUCCUCCCGGUCCUCCGCGGUCUCCUGCUCAGAGCUGCUCAGACGUGAGGGAGGAAUGGCGGCCCCUCGGAGCUUCUUCAUCUCCCUCUCUGCUCUCGUUCUGCUUUUGUGCGUUCGUUGUGGAUCUUCGACUUCAGGCAACAAACGAACAAACCAGGAGCGAUGCGGUUUCAAGGUGCAGUCUGGUGCUGAUGGAGUUCGCAGGUUGGCUGUCAACUUCAGAGCUGACAACUGUUCGUUAAAUUACCCUUUGGGGAAGCAUGUGAUCCACGAGGUCGUCAACAUUUCCUUCAGCCAUCUGGCCUGUGAGGAUCAGGCUGCCGUGGUCGUCCACUGGUCUGCAAGUCCACUAGGCAUCGAGCACAUUAAAGGCUUCAGGGUUUAUCUGGAGGACAAGAAUCCUGAAGGGAAGCAGUGCCAACAUCUGAUCCUCAAAGAGCCGCGGCAGCUCAACUUCUCCCACAAGAACACGAAGCUGAGCAGUCAGCCGUUCAGUGGUUUGACCUUUGACACCGACUACAUGAUUCGUGUUGUACCUUUCCCGACGCUGAUGAACGAGAGCUUCUUCCCUCCAUCCUUCCUCAGAACCAACUCGUGUGAAGUCCUGCUGGGAUCAGACAACCUGGUUUGCAAACCAUUCUGGAAGCCAAAGACCUUCACCGUGUCUCAGCUGGGGUCCAACCUCCACGUGGCCUUCGACCAGGCUCCGGCCUCAUUCGCCUUCCACUUCUACUACCUGUACUACAAGCUGCGUCAGGACGGACCCUUCAGACUGCAGCGCUGCAAACCAGACACAAACCAGCCCAGAACUACAUGUAUCCUCCAGGAUGUCAGUCCAGGGACCUACACUAUCGAGUUGAGAGAUGACGGCAACACGACCAGGAGACAGAUUCAGUUUCAUGUGAACCAGGUUCACUCUCCGUGGGCGGGACCCAUCCGUGCCAUGGCCAUCACGGUGCCGCUGGUCAUCAUGUCUGCCUUCGCCACCCUCUUCACUGUCAUGUGUCGCAAUAAACAGCAAGAAAACAUUUACAGCCAGCUGGACGAGGAGAGCAGUGACUCGUCCAAUCACGGUGCAGCCUUGAACACGGAGCGGCCGUGGCCCCGGCCCAAAGUCUUCAUUUGUUACUCUAACAGAGACUGCCCCAAACACAUCAGUGUGAUACAGAGCUUUGCCUACUUCCUUCAGGACUUCUGCAACUGUGAGGUCGUGCUGGACCUGUGGGAACACCUGGAAAUGUGCAAAGAGGGUCAGAUGUCAUGGCUCAGCCGGCAGCUAGAUGAAGCCAACUUCAUCAUCACCGUCUGUUCCAAAGGCCUACGCUACUACGUGGAGAAGAAAAGCCGAAGGGGGAAGGCGCCCGUCAGCCGCCGCAGCAGCGGCCGCGGCAGCUCUCAGAUCAGUGGAUCCAGUGGAGACCUGUUUGUUGUGAGCGUGGCCAUGAUCGCUGAGAAGCUGCGCGUGGCAAAGCAGAGCAAUAACAGCGAAGCUCAGGAGUUGAGCCGCUACAUGACGGUUUACUUCGACUAUUCCACUGAAAAUGACAUCCCCACCAUGCUGAGCCUGGCUCCCAGGUUCAAGCUGAUGGACCAGCUGCCUCAGCUCUUCAGUCGGCUCCACUCCAGCCUGGCCGACCGGGAGCAGCAGCCUCUCAAUGUCUCCAGGAGGAACUACUUCAGAAGUAAGUCCGGACGCUCGCUCUACGUCUCCAUCUGCAACAUGCACCAGCACAUCAGCCAGAACCCGGACUGGUUUGAGAAGGAGCUGGGUCCUGCAGGAGCCUCCUCUUCCUCCUCCUGCUCCUCGGAGCACCCCGCUCUCCAACCCGCCCCGUCUGCGAGCUCUCCUCAGAAGCCUCCCCGCUCCUCCUCCUCCUCCUCGCAGCCUGAGCAGAGGUGUGCCUCCAGUUUGGGGAUAAAUAAGGUGCUGGUGAGGACCCCAUCGCUUCAGAGCAGGGAUGAAGACGUGAGGAGAAACACGGUGCUGCUGAGCUCCGGCUCCAGCCACAGUCCCUGUCCCAGUCCCAGUGCCGGCCCACCUCACUGUUCUCUGUCAAUGCUGGGACCUAAUUCAAGGUCCAUAUCUGGAAUAUCUGGACUAUUACCAGAGGAGUCCUCCUCCUCCUCCUCCUCCUCCUCCUCCUCCUCCUCCUCUGCCUCUGCUCCCUCCAUACUCCAGGAUGAGGCGUUCUCCUCAGUCCCCCUGCAGGCAGAGGAAGCCCGUCCAGCUCUUCCAGAGGCUCCGCCUCCCCGUGACUCCGGCAUCUAUGAUUCAUCCGUCCCUUCCUCAGAGCUCUCCAUUCCCCUGAUGGAGGGACUCUCUCAUGACCAGGCUGACUCGUCCUCCCUGGCCGACAGUGAAUCAUCUUCUUCUGGGCUGGGGGACGAGGAGCCGCCUGCUGUCACAUCCCUCCUACGCAGCACCGCCACCGUUUGCAAAGCUGAGCUCCACCACCACCAGCUGCAGCAGAGCGACGGACCCGCUGCCGUGGCCUCGUUGUAGCGGAGCUGAGCACAGGGAUGUUCCCUGUGGUGUCCUUGGACCUGAGGCGCUGUUAUUCACACAGAACUAGGGUGAUGAGAGGACCCUGGAGUGGCUCACUUAGGGAAGCAUGUACAUUCUCAGAUGCUGGUGGUGACUGUGGCAGCAGCAGAGCAGCUGUCGUUACUAUGGUACCCACCGAGGUUGAACACUAGUUCUAGGUGUCAAUCAGUGUGUUUUAAAACAAUUAACCCUAGUAACAGUGGUACACACGAGGGGUAGGACACCAUUCCAGUCACCAUGGUAACCGCUCCACCCUGGUCAUGCUGCCUGGAAAAACUCCAGGCGAUGGCAAACUGCACCAGCUCAAACCAAAGACUGAAUCUGAUGGACCGAUUAAUAGGUUGAUGCUCAGAACCACGGCAUGAAACACAGAAAGGCGGAGUCAAGACAGUUCCAGAGGAGUUUUGCUGUUAUUUACCAUAUUUAGGACUGAAGACACAUUAAUACUUUGGGGAAAGCCUCUUAUUCAUCAAUGAAUUCUGACCCUGUUUUAUCUAUUGCUCCUGUUUUUAAAGGGAUGCUUUCAUCUUAGUACUAAUAGAAAAGCUACAUUUUAUCAGUAUAAAUCUUUUCUAAAUAUUUGAUUCGAUACAAUGAUUCGAAGCAAGUAGCAUGAAAGCAUCGGUAGUUGUACAGCAGCUGAUGGCAUUCAGUUAAAUAGCAUUUAAAAUUGAGAAGGUGACGUGUUUACAAAAUGAAAACUGUUUCAAAAUACAGAAUUGUACUUAUUAUUUAGCAUGUUGUAAUGCGCUGUAAUCCUUUUCUAACAGCUUUGCAGUAGAAUGUUUGCUUCUUGUGACAUAAGUCUAAAUUCAUUUUCCAUUAAUGUGUCUUAGUAAAUAUUUUUGCAUUGAGAUUUCUUAUUUAAAUAAUUUCCACGUUUUAUAGAUUUUGACUUUGGCUCAUGGUCCCUUUGUUGUAGAUCAAAGCUGGAGUUGCGUGUCCUUGUAUUUCCUGCCUCAAACGUUGCAGCUGGAGGCAGAUUCAUAACUUCUGCUCCAUUUGCAGGUUUGACUUUGUUGUGAGGGACGGGUCAGCAUUUUACUUUAUACUUUUAUAUGGUUAGACUGUUUUCUUGUCUUUUCUACAUUGUCAUUUUAGAAAUGUACUGUUUUAAAGUACUUUAAUGUAGGAAACAAACAAACCCAUGUAAUAAAUCCCUUGUUUAUGUUCGUAA